GGCGGCCACCGUACGGACUUGACCGACAAGGUGGCGGCGCGCUCGCAGGACCUGAGCUAUAGGCGCGGCCAUACUUCCCGGAACGUAUGGUCUGCGCUGUCUUACGGACUCGGUGGUCAAGAUGGCGGCGACGGAGAGACAUUCGCGGCGGCUCUAGGUUGGACGACCUGCUUGUUUGCCGCUCGGCGGUCGCGCCGGGCGUGGGGAGCAAGAGUGCGGGGCCGCGGGGGCGGGGCCAGUGGCGGAAGUAGUUGCGGGCGCCUUUGCUACCGCGGCGGACGCUGCCGGAGAGCUUCUUCAGCUUCGCGGGUUGCUGCGCGGGGUCCGGAGCGGAGAGAUGGAAGGAGAUGGCUCAGACCUGGAACCUCCGGAUGCUGGGGAGGACAGCAAGUCUGAGAAUGGGGAGAACGCGCCCAUCUACUGCAUCUGCCGCAAACCGGACAUCAAUUGCUUCAUGAUUGGAUGUGACAACUGCAACGAGUGGUUCCAUGGAGACUGCAUCCGGAUCACUGAGAAGAUGGCCAAGGCCAUCCGGGAAUGGUACUGUCGGGAUUGCCGAGAGAAGGACCCGAAGCUGGAGAUUCGUUACCGCCACAAAAAGAGCCGGGAGAGGGAUGGCAGUGAGCGGGACAGCAGUGAGCCCCGGGAUGAGGGAGGAGGGCGCAAGAGGCCUGCUUCAGAUCCAGAGCUGCAGCGCCGGGCAGGGUCAGGGACAGGGGUUGGGACCAUGCUUGCUCGGGGCUCGGCUUCGCCCCACAAAUCUUCUCCACAGCCCUUGGUGGCCACACCUAGCCAGCAUCACCAGCAGCAGCAGCAACAAAUCAAACGGUCAGCUCGGAUGUGUGGUGAGUGCGAGGCAUGCCGACGCACCGAGGACUGUGGCCACUGUGACUUCUGCCGUGACAUGAAGAAGUUUGGGGGCCCCAACAAGAUCCGGCAGAAGUGCCGGCUUCGCCAGUGUCAACUGCGGGCACGGGAAUCCUACAAAUACUUCCCUUCCUCGCUCUCGCCGGUGACACCCUCAGAGGCCCUGCCAAGGCCCCGCCGGCCACCACCCACUCAACAGCAGCCACAGCAGUCCCAGAAGCUGGGGCGUAACCGUGAAGACGAGGGGACAGUGUUGUCAUCAGUGGUCAAGGAGCUACCAGAGGCUACAGCAACACCUGAGCCACUUUCAGAUGAGGACCUAGCACUGGACCCUGAUCUGUACCAGGAGUUCUGUGCUGGGGCCUUUGAUGAUCACGGCCUCCCCUGGAUGAGCGAUGCAGAGGAGUCCCCGUUCCUGGACCCUGCGCUGAGGAAACGGGCAGUAAAAGUGAAGCAUGUGAAGCGUCGAGAGAAGAAGUCCGAGAAGAAGAAAGAGGAGAGAUACAAACGACAUCGACAGAAGCAGAAGCAUAAAGACAAAUGGAAACACCCAGAGAGGGCUGAUGCCAAGGACCCUGCCUCUCUACCACAGUGCCUGGGGCCCGGCUGUGUGCGCGCCGCCCAGCCUGGGUCCAAAUAUUGUUCAGAUGACUGUGGCAUGAAGCUGGCAGCCAACCGAAUCUAUGAGAUCCUCCCCCAGCGCAUCCAGCAAUGGCAGCAAAGCCCCUGCAUCGCGGAAGAGCACGGCAAGAAGCUGCUCGAGCGGAUCCGCCGUGAGCAGCAGAGUGCCCGCACCCGCCUACAAGAGAUGGAGCGCAGAUUCCACGAGCUCGAGGCCAUCAUUCUCCGUGCCAAGCAGCAAGCUGUGCGAGAGGACGAGGAGAACAACGAGAAUGACAGCGAUGACACGGAUCUGCAGAUCUUCUGUGUCUCCUGCGGGCAUCCCAUCAACCCACGAGUUGCCUUGCGUCACAUGGAGCGCUGCUAUGCUAAGUAUGAGAGCCAGACAUCCUUUGGGUCCAUGUACCCCACACGCAUUGAGGGGGCUACCCGACUCUUCUGUGAUGUCUACAAUCCUCAGAGCAAGACGUACUGUAAGCGGCUCCAGGUGCUGUGUCCUGAGCACUCACGGGACCCCAAAGUGCCAGCUGAUGAGGUCUGUGGGUGUCCACUUGUACGUGAUGUCUUUGAGCUCACAGGUGACUUCUGCCGCCUGCCCAAGCGCCAGUGUAAUCGCCAUUACUGCUGGGAGAAGCUUCGUCGUGCAGAAGUGGACCUGGAGCGUGUGCGGGUGUGGUACAAGCUGGACGAGCUCUUUGAGCAGGAACGUAAUGUUCGCACAGCCAUGACCAACAGAGCAGGAUUACUUGCCCUGAUGCUGCACCAAACGAUCCAACACGAUCCACUCACUACCGACCUUCGCUCUAGUGCUGACCGCUGACUCCACCAGCCCAGAGCCUCUCAGCCCUGCACUCAGUUAGGGGAGUGGCCCUGCAUUGCCAGCUUUCUGUUCCUCCAUUUAUCUGUUUAUUCUACCGCCUGUUUGAUCCUCACCAUCCACAUUUUGGCUUCCAUUUGCCCUUAUCAAAGGGCCUCUGCUUCCCUUUUGUCACUGUCUGUCUCCUCUCCAUAUUCAGUGCUGGUGUGAGACUCAAGUUUACUCACCCUUGCCUAGAUCCCCCCAACCCCCCAAAUAAAGAGGUUUUGUUAAUAAAAUUUUGAACAACUAA